AUGGGGAAGAAACUGAGCGAAGGAGUCGUCGUGUCCGACAGCGACGAAUCGAUGGAAGAUGCACCUGAGACGACGAGUGUAAACACGAAGAAAAAUGCCAAAGUUUCUCCUAAUCAAGGAGCAACAGAGUCAAGCUCUGAAUUUGAUAGCUCAGACGAAUCAAGCUCCGAAACACAAAACAACAACAGUGUACCUUUGAAGAACAAGAAAUUCGUGCCGCCGUCUGGUUUCAGGCCAUCCACAACGAAGCCUCGUCCGUCAGCAGCUAUAUCAUCUGCCCUCUCCAACCUUGAGGGUAAACAAGUUUUCCACAUCACAGCACCGUCCUAUUUACCACUAUCAGAAAUGAAACAAAUCACCUUUGGAAAGGCUACAUCGGGAGAACCAAUUAUUUCACAUAAAGGCGUGGAUUACGGUCUUGUGGAAACCACUCGGCAACAGAAGCAAAGCUCCGAGACUUUGCUGAUCUACGAUGAAAAAUCAAAUACAUAUCUGCGCAAGCCGGAAUUGAGGAAAAUCGAAAGCUAUAACAUCCAAGAAAUCGUCCGACUACCUGGAUUGGACACAUUAGUGCCGCCGUCGCAAAAUGCGACUAAGAAGCAACCGGCCGCACGCCCACAGCCCAAACAUCUUAGAAUGCGCUUCCAUCCCGUGGGAAGCACGACACUUCCUCCAGAGACAGUAGGCUCGAGCUCUGAGUCGGAGGCUGAUGAACCUACAUCCCGUGUUCCUGCAACAAGUUCGAAGGAGAAAGCCGAGAAAGACCGCAAGAGAAAGACAGAUGAACAGAAUGGAACCGAAGAGAAAGCUAAGAAAUCAAAGAAGGACAAACAGCAGUCAUCUCAGGCAGAGUUGCAAACUGAGGGCCGCCGAGACAAGGAGAAGAAGUCAUCGAAACACCGAGAUGAGACGAGCCAAGAACGAAGAGCUCGAAAAGAGGAGAAGAAGAAGCGCAAGGCCGAGAAGGUGAAAUAA